AUGUCCUCGACAUUGGCCAUCUCUGCAGCAACACCAUCUUCCUCCUCUUCUUCAUCUUCCUCCUCCCUUUAUUUACAGUCGUCCCCACCACCAUCGCCACCAAUAUCAAAGGAACCUUCUUCGUCCAUACACAUCAACCACUCUACCGACGACGACACCGAUUACAACAUGCGAUUUCUUCCACCACAACCACCCUCAUCAUCACCAUCGUCAAGGAAACAUACAAGCAAAAAAUAUACCCAACAUCGUCGACGGCGUGAUUGCUAUCAACGUUUACAGAUUAUCAUCCAAGAGAAUGAACGCAUAGAACGAGAAGAACAUGAAGCUAUGUUGCGCAAAGCACCUAAUGUCAUUGCCCGACGAUCUCCUAGCCAAGAAAAGCCGAGCAUUCUUGUCAAGACACCAGCCAUCACCACUCCACCUGAAUCACCUACCACACCAUCCUCCCCUAUCACGCCUACCAACAAUGAAUUCUUAAAGUCAUCAACACCCUCAUCACAACCACCACGGCAAUCAGUACGCUUUGCACCAGAUCCACCCAAAGUCUUUCACUGUUCAACAUCAACAUCCCCGAUAACCAAGCUGCGGAACUUUUUACACUUGUUCUCAGACUGA